AUUACAUAAGUCAUAACAGGAGCUGAUGGUAACUCUCUACGACUUUAAUGCUGGAAGGUCAGGAAUCUGUACAUAAAUCUGUAAUUGUUCCUAUUACAGUAGCUCUUAAGAAACGGUAAAAAGCUAAUAUUCACCGGUGGCCUUGAAAAUCAACUCUCAUCAUGGGCAAGUUCUGGGACCAGUUAUAUUGGCUACUUUACCGUAACUUUCUCUUCAAGAUACGAUUUAAACAGCUCACAUUUCAGGAGAUCUUCAUUUCCCUCAUUUUUGUUGCCAAUUUGGCCACAGUGCGCUACACCACUCAAACUGAACCUAUACCGGCGAUUCCCUCUAAGUCCUUGAAAUCGUACGACCUCUUUGAUCCGCGUUUUGCAUCGAACAUCCAGUCCUUCCCCAUAGCCUUCACCCCCAACACGUCGGACACAGAGAGCAUUGCGUCUGACCUGGCGUCAUUGCUCAACAUAACGGCAAUUCCGGGCUAUGUCGGGUAUGCCUCCGAGGAUGAGAUUGUUGAUGAUGUGGUCAAUGGAACAGCAAACAUAAGUGUAGCUUUGGUGUUUGAUGAGGACUUUCCAUCUAAUUUAUCCUACAAAAUCCGACUUACCUAUGGAGCUGUUUCUCUUGAUUAUGGACCUUAUGUGGGUCGCGGCUCUCCGAGUUGUUAUAAUGAUGAUCCAGCGUAUGGUCUAACCUAUCCUUGGCGUAACUGUCCUGCAAACACUUAUCUAUACUCGGGCUUCUCAGCAAUACAAGCCAUGGUAGAACAUCUGAUGGUUAAGUUGGUGACAGGGGAUGAUAGCUUAGCUAUGCCUGAUGUGGACAUUCGCAUGUUCCCCAAGGGCCAGUAUGACUAUUCCGUGGACUCUUUACGUAUCACCGUGUCAGUCUAUAUCGUCCUGGCGUACAUGCCUUUCACGGCAGUCCUCCUGACCACGCUGGUUGUUGAAAAAGAACGCAAGAUCAAGGAGGUGAUGAAUAUUAUGGGACUCAAUAAUACAACUUUCUGGUUAUCAUGGAUUAUUAUCUAUAUCGGCAUUGUCCUCAUUGUUGCUAUACUCAUCGCAGGUUUCAGCAAAGCUAUAACAUUAUUGCCCGAUGGGAAUUUCUUCCUGAUUUUUCUUGGGCUCUUCUUUUAUGGCCUCUCAGUGGUGACGAUGUCCUUCAUGUUCUCACCGCUGUUUGAUAAGGCCACCACUGCAGGAGGUGCCGGAAGCUUCUUCAUCAUGAUCUUUGUGAUACCCUACAUCCCUCUGGCACUCCUAGGCCCUGAGACAGUCCCAGUGGCCGUUCUUUGGGUCCUGUGUCUCUUCUCUCCUACUGCAAUAGCUUUCUUCAUGGACAGGUGUGUGGCAUUUGAGCAACUCAGCAAUGGUCUUCAGUUUAGCAACCUAGGAGACGGCUACUUUCCACCCUAUGCUCCUCUUGUGAUGAUCUUUGUGGAUAUCUUCCUCUAUCUGAUCAUGGCCAUCUAUCUGGAGAAUGUUGUUCCUGGAGCGUACGGUCAGAGCAUGUCCCCACUGUUCUUCUUAAAACCAUCCUAUUGGUGUGGCAGGGAAAUCAAGGAUUCUAAUGACCGGACUGGACUUCUAAGUGUCAAUGGUCAAGGGGAGGGUGAGCACAACACCGAUGACGUCAUGGUUGAGCCAGUUCCAGCUGCUCUCAGAGGGAGAAAUGGAAUAAGGAUUCGCAAUGUGAAGAAGACAUUCCAUGGGAAAGGUGGUAAACCAGAUGUCAAAGCAGUUAAUGGUAUUUCAUUGGACAUCUACGAGGGUCAGAUCACCUGUCUUCUUGGCCAUAAUGGAGCUGGCAAGUCUACCCUGAUGAACUGCUUGACCGGUAUGGUCAAGGCCACGGAUGGCCACGCUGUUGCCUAUGGACUGGACAUGUUUGACCAGUCUGAUAUGGAGAAGGUCCGUAACAUGACCGGAGUGUGCCUCCAGGAGAAUACGCUUAUAGAUCUCCUAACCCCUGAAGAACAUCUCAAGUUCUACGCAGGACUUACAGGGAUUUCAAAGUCACAGAUCCCAGACAAGGUGGAGAAAGCUUUGGAAGAGAUUGACCUCAAGAACCAGCGAGCGACCUUUGCUAAGGAUCUCAGUGGAGGUCAGAAGCGCAAGCUCUGCGUUGGAAUUGCCAUCAUUGGUAACCCGAAGAUCCUCUUUCUAGAUGAGCCUAGCAGUGGAAUGGACCCAUACUCAAGACGAAAGAUGUGGUCUCUUCUGAAGAAACAAAGAGAAGGAAGAGUGACCCUACUCACCACACACUUUAUGGAUGAAGCUGAUAUAUUAGCAGAUCGGAAAGCAAUCAUCUCUAAAGGACAGUUAAAAUGUUAUGGUUCAUCCUUGUUCCUGAAAAAUAAAUUUGGUGUUGGAUAUCGUCUUGGGCUUGUAAAGGAAGGUAGCUGUGAACAAGAUGAGGUCACCGAUGUUAUCCAAACAUACAUCCCUGAGGCCUCUGUCAUACGAUCCCAUGGAAUGGAACUAGCAUACAGUUUACCUCUCAAAGAUGUCUCAUCAUUUGCAGGCAUGUUCAAGAGCUUGGAGGAGAAGUCAGGUGACCCGGCAUUCGGUAUCCAGAGCUAUGGUGUUUCCAUGACAACCCUAGAGGAAGUCUUCUUGAAAAUUGGAGAGGAGGCAGAAAUAGAUGAGGCUGAUGCAGCCAGAAGACAAGCUGCUGAACAGACCUCAAAAAUAAAGAGAAAUAAAAUAGCUAUUGAAGCCGCUCAAAUCAAUCUAUCAGCACCUUCUAAUGGAACCUCUAGCCCUGGACCUGUCCCCGAUGUUCCUCCUGGAGCAGUAUCUGGUAUGACAAUAGAAGACUCUGGACCUGGAGCUGGUGCUUCAGUAACAGUCAACAUGGAACAGUCUCCACUGGACUCAACCAUCAUGGCUACCCAACCUAUCGUAGUGAAACACAAUGAACAGCUCAAGAGUCUGAUCUAUAUUGAGGCCAUUCGAGCUGCCAGGAAUCCAGCAACAUAUAUCUGUCGGUUGAUCCUGCCCAUAGCAUUGAUGGUCGUCGGUGGUGUCUUGUCCCUCAUUAUCAAGUUUGGUGGAGAUGGACCUAGUGACGCACCUGCUCCCCUGGUUUUCAACCCCUCCAUGUACUUCUCACCUCUUGGUGGAAGCAUGGACAAUGAACAGUCAACGGAUCUCCUGUACCAAAACUCACUGCCAAGUGGUCAAAACAUUGCUGACCUGGUUUCAGGGUUUGACAAUCUAAACAUUGGAUCUAAUGCAACUGCCAACUUAAGUGCCCUCUAUGAAUAUCGCCCGCAUAACGGCGCCUUUGAUGUCCUGGAUCUUGGUACAACUGGUUCAGCUAGCCAGUUCACGGCCUACUACAAUGACACUGCCCAGCAUUCUCUCCCAGUGACCCUCAGCAUCAUGUCUACCGCCCUCCUGAAUCUCUACGGCAAUCAAUCUAUCAUCACAGCUGCAAGCCAUCCCUUCCCCAAACCAGCCAGCAUACCGACUUACACCUUCACCAGUGGUAUCCUCUUCGUCUAUAUCUUUGGAUUGGGAGUUACAUGGGUUCUGAUGGGGUUCCCCAUUGACAGGGUCAAGGAAAGAGAGUUGAAGAUCAAAGCUCAGCUUCGCAUCUCUGGUAUCGACACCCUCUCCUACUGGGGAUCCGUCUUCGUCAUCGAUGUCGCUCAGAUGCUCCUGGUCGUCAUCAUUGGUCUCAUUAUCAUAUUCGCCAUGCAAGUGCCUUCUCUGACCACAGGGGGCGCUGUGUUCUCUCUCCUUGUGACGGUGAUCCUGUAUGUUCCCAAUGCUAUCAUCCAUUCCUACUGCAUCAGUUUUGUAUUUGAUAAAUUUGAGACAGCCCAGGGCUAUGCAUUUGUGAUACUUGUUGAGCUACCAUUGUUCCUCUUUUUACCCACGAUGUUCAUUGACCUGUUUGUCUCAGCGGCUGCUGCUGCUUCAUUUCACCUUGUCAUGUGUGUGGUCUGGCCUGGCUAUGCCAUCUUUGGAGCUCUCUACUUUAUAGACAAGGUUUACCAACUCGCCUUGAUAAGGGGAAUGGCUGAUAGUGUCACCUUUGCAGAUUACUUUGAACCUGAUGCAUACAUCUGGCCAACAAUGCUCAUUUUACUGUUUGACUUGUUCAUGCUGGUCUUUUUCCUGAGGUUCUGUGAAGUUGUGAAGUCAGGUGGCAGGGUGACAGACACCUGCCCUUGCCUUGUUUCCAAAAAGGUUGGAGCGACCGCGAAAAAUGAUGACGUCAUUCCAGAUGAGGAUAGCGAUGUCAAAGAAGAGAGGAUGAAAGUAGAAGAAAUGUAUGAGUCUGAUCAGGCCUCUGCUGUAGCCAUCUCCGAGCUGAGGAAAGAGUUUGUGAAGAGGACCGGCGAUGCUUGCGGUGGCGACCAGAAGGAGACUACCAAGGUUGCCGUUCGUAACCUGUCUCUGACUGUUCAGACUGGUGAGGUCCUGGGUCUUCUAGGACCCAACGGUGCAGGCAAGACGACUACCAUGAACGUGGUUACAGCUGAUACAGAGGCUACUACCGGACAGGUUCGUGUCGGAGGUUAUGACGUUUCUUCAGCCUUGAGCGAUGCCUACGCCUCCUUGGGCUACUGCCCUCAGAUAGACCCUCUGUGGGAAGACGUCACUAUGAGAGAACAUCUUGAAGGGUUCGCUGGCUUUAAAGGAAUCCAUCCAUCGGAUAGGAAACAAAUCGCUAAUAAUUUUAUGUCUGCUAUUGGGGUUAUGGAGCAUGCAGAUAAAAAGGCAAAGGAAUUAUCUGGAGGAACUAAAAGAAAGCUGUGCUUUGCCCUGAGUAUGCUUGGUAACCCAAAGAUUGUUCUUCUUGAUGAACCCUCUACUGGUAUGGAUCCGAGCUCAAAGAGAUUCCUCUGGAAUGUCAUCACAUCAAGUUUCCUUGAGAAGAAAGGAGCCAUCUUAACAACUCAUUCCAUGGAAGAGGCUGAUGCUGUGUGCUCUAGGGUGGGCAUCAUGAUCCAAGGACAACUCAGAUGUCUUGGGACAACCCAGCAUCUGAAGGACAAGUACGGUGGGGGCUACAUCCUGGAGAUCAAACUUAACCCUGGUGUCCAGUACUACACCAGUGACCAGACCACUACGGCCAUCUUGGACAUCCUGGACGAGAAGAUGGACAUUCUUCACAAGCAGGUCCUUCUCCUUAUCCCCGAUGCGGAGGUCACCGAGAGCUUCGCUGAGCGCAUCACUUACAAGAUCCCCCGGGAUAGCAACAUCACGCUCUCUACCGUCUUUGCUUUCUUAGAGCAAGGUAAACAAGAUUAUGGAAUUGAAGAAUACAGCUUCAGUCAGACCACAUUAGAGCAGGUGUUCAUUGAAUUUGCAAAGACACAGGUAGACAGUCCAGAUGAGGAGGCAGAGUUGAUGUCCGUUACACAGGAGAAUGAACAUAAUGGAAGAACCAGCAGCAGACACAGUGUCCGACAUCCACCCAAACCACAGAUAUCAGUCAAUAUGGAUGUUUAAUCCGCCCCCCCCCCCUCCUGUCCCACUUGAACCCCUCCCCUGCAUUUAUUCAGCUUCCUAAGAAGCUCUUGAUACAAGAACCCUUUUUUAUUAAUUGAAAAUGUGAUCAAUAAUUAUUGUGAAAUGAGAGGCUAAAACUCUCACACUAUUCAAUUCACAGUUGUUGUACUUGGUGCACAAAUAUUUUUAUUUGUAUGUUGAAUAUAUAUAUAUUUUUAUGAUUAAUAUAUUUGAAUACUUGAUGAGCUUUAAACGUAGAUUAAAAUGUUAUGCUGUUGAUUGGGACUCUUGAGAUGUAUGUAAAUGGCCAAAUCAUCAUGAAGAAUAUUAUCACCCUUCUGAUAUAUAAGCAAUUGAAUAUACUGAAUACCCAAAUUCUAGGACCAAACAGAUUAUUUAAGCAGAACUUUCACCGUGAUAGUCGAUGGUGAUGUAAUUAUGUUACUAACAUCAAAUACCACAACAUCAUGAAUGUAAGAAGACAAGAUUUGGAGAGACAGAGUUUGGGUGUUACAGCAGUCAUAUUUUCCUUGCAUUAAAUGGUAACAGGUAAGGCAAGAUACAAAACUGGCACAUAACCCUUUAAACAUGUUGGUAAUAUAAUUACACCCAUUCCCCAUGUGCAAUUGACUUUAUCAUUCUCUCUGAUGAUUGCUAUCUGACCAAAUUUUGUGCAAUGAUAACUUCAGUUUCUGUCACUAAUACUUGGGAAGAUUAAUUGCUUUUUGUCUCGCCUGAACGAAGUUUGGUAGAGACCUAAUAAUCACUUUUCCUCUUGGUCUGUUAGUCUGUUAAAAAUGUUAGUUUUUGUUCAACUUGCUCUCAUUUCUUUAUUUCUGCAUCAAUUAUGUUGAUUCUUGGUACAUCUGAUCAUUGGGUAAUACCAAAUGGGUGUCCAUGAGGGUGAUGGGGUCAAAAGGUCAAGUUUUUGUUCUAAUUGCUCUCAUUUCUUUAAUUUUGGAUCCUUUGUGUUUACACUUGGUACAAAUGACCACUGGGUUAUACCACACAUUUGUCUAUGAGGAUGAUAAGGUAAAAACAUCUUAUUGCAUAUUUUAUUGAUCGCGAUAUCAGGCAAGGCUCGUGGUUCAUGAACCUCCUUGUUUUUUCCUUAAAUUUCCUGAAUUACGUAAAAUAUGAAUCAGUGCUUGGUUUUAAUGUUCAAAGGUAUAUUGUCUACAUUGUAUUACUAUGAAAACCUUUUAUUCUUUUUUUAUUUGGAAUCGAAUUUGUGGUUUCACUUUUCAGGGGAUUCCCUUUUUAAACGUUGGAAGUCUGAGUCUCCUGAAGUUUAUUCUGCUUGUUAGGUAUGUAGUGUAAUUCAACAUUACAUACCAAAAACACUCUCCAACAACAGCAAAAAUAACCCUAUUAAAAAACUGACAAAAACUUAAAUUAAGUUUAUUGGGUGUUUUUUGUGUUUUGGGGGUUUUGAUGCUCAUAAUUGAUGACUCAGACAGUUUUAUUACAUUAUUAAACUGCUAGGGGAACUUUGGAAAACAUUCAGUUGUAUCAUAAACCAAAUUCUUGAUCUUUCUUGAGGGGAGGGGCUAGGAAGCAUUAGUCCUAUUACCAAACAUGUUUUCUUUAAACAGUCACAGAAAUUUGGAAGGGUCAGAAUUCAAUUGUGGGAACCAUUUUGCUUUUUGUGUUUAUCAUUGUCUUUCAAGUGUGACUUUUCAAGUUCUCUUUACGUCAAAUUCAGGAAUUCUAUUUGUACUCAAAUCUUAGACAUUGAAAACAAUGUGCAUUACAUAUUAAUGGUACAAUUAUCCAGUACUAACAAGGUGGCCUUUUUGCUAUUUAUUAUUUGAGAUGAUAGUCAUCUAUGUUCUUAUCCAGCUUUACUGUUACAUGGUGGCGUGAAGAACAUUUAUUUAGAUAUUAUUCAACUCCUCGCCUGGCUGGCAAAAGGGAAAGAGGUUAAUGUGUACAGCGAUUUUCAAGGGCGUUAGCUCAAGCACAGACUUCACAAGAUUUACAGAUACUAUAGUUGAACAAAGCAGCAAAGAGUUAACGUACUUCUGUCUGACUAACUUGAAUGGGAACUAAUGUAUGCUAAAAUCCAACGUCCGUUUGCCAACCAGGCAACAAACUUAAAAUAAAUAUAUGUUUCUCGAGUUUGAAUUUUUCUCUUUUUUUAGAUGUUAUCAUUAUUUCAUUUUAUUAAUAAACAUCAUUAUGCAUUUCAUACUAUUACAAAUUUCAUCAUUUUAAAAAUUUAGUCCAUGUGUAGACAUCAGAUAUUUAGUGACAUGUUUUAACAAUUUUGUAUUUGAACAUAGUCUUUUUAUCAUUUUUUCAUUUAAUGUUUCAGCGAUUUAUGAAGGUUGAUUUUAAAUUUAAGAGGAAAUUACACUCUUAUGAGUAUCUUCACUACCACAAUUGCAAGAGUUGAUGUUUUUUCCCAACAAUUUUGGUAACUUAUUAAAUAAUCUUUUUGUAUAUAGUAUCCAAAGUAUAUUUAUGACGUACUGUUACUAGGAGCAAAUUACUAUUUUUGUAAACAGGGAACAAUUUCUCUACUUCAGUGUGUGCCAAAGUAUGCCUUGCAAUCUUUGCAUUUUACCCACUAGCAAUUUAGGGUGGUUCUUUUGCAAUUUAUGAAGGCUUUUUCAGACAGUUUGCAGACAAAUAUACCCCUUGUCUGGUGUAUCUUUGCCUUGAACUGUCUGACAUCAUUUUGUUAUUUUUUCACAUUCAUGAUCAUUCUGAUUUUACUAGCUGCAUUUGUUACUGUAUAAUGUCAAUGAAUUGAUUAUUAUCCAGGUGAAUUUUAGAGGGUAAAGUUCAUUAUGAAUGUGUUCUUUUUAUUAUGACAGAAGAUAUGAGAUGGAAUUCCACCUCUUGGAAGUCAACAGGAAUUGUUUGAUGAACAUAGUAAAUUCUAAUAAACUUAGCAACAACAAGGAAAUGUAUCUGUUGAUCUGAGGCACUUUACACUUUUUUAAAGAGUCUGUUUGUUUUAUUACUAAGAAUGGAAUGAUAUAAAAGACACUAUAAAUAUUUUUGUCAUAUACAUAUAUUUACAAAUAUAUUCAUUUUUAUUUAUCUACACAUAGUCAGGUAUCAUUUAUAUUGAAGUAUUUCAUCCUUUUUAUGGAAAACAAGGUAUAUUUGUUUGUGUAUUUGUAAUUGUUAUGUGCUUUUAUUGUAUUGUGAUUUGAUACAAACGGUCUUUAUGUCAUUGCACUAAAGUAUUAAAAAGAAAAAAAGGAAAAUUUUAUUUCGAGAUAUUCUGUAAUUAAAGCUGUUGACUUUUUUUACCAUCACGGUCACUGUAUCUAACAUUGCUAGAUAAAGUGUUAUUUUCAAUGAUAAUGUGGAAAGUUAUUAUAAUGUGCACCCACUGGGAAUACAUAUGAAUAAAUAUCCAUAAAUUCAGAGAAGCAAAGUUUUCCCCUUCUGGCAUUUUUGUACUUUUUUUAAACCAAAAAACUGCAGGUUUCACAAAAAUACAAUUUACUUUAUUCAUAUUUUAUGAAAUUUCUAUUGCAGAAAAGUUAAAAAAUACCUUUUCUUCACCCAGAAUACUUUUUGAUCACCCCUGAAAAUAUUGUAAUUCUUUUAUGAGGCUUUCAUUUCUGUAUAUGUACACUGAAUAUGCACACAGUGGAUUGUGCAACCAUUAUUGAAAGGGAAUUUUUUUGAAUACCCAUAUCAAAUUGUAUGCCUGUUUUUAUUAUUGAUAUCUAUCUCAUAAAAAAAAAACAGUGUCCCUUUAUUCAUGUUAAACACCCUUCUAUGAGAAUUUUCUCAAUUAUUUGUAUAUUUUAAUAAAAAUUUCUAAUGUUUUGCAUUAUAUCAACCCACAUGGCUUUCACAUCUUUAUAUCUCUACACCUAUCAUGUAAUUCCAUGAUGGUUUGCCCAUUUAAAAAAAAAACUUUUGACAAAUAUCUGCCAUAUUAUCCUGUGUCAACCUUUCCGAUCUGAUUUGAUAUGCUGCAUAGAUUUAUUAAUUGAUUUUAGUAAGCUGGGAUCCAUUUAAGUUCACCUGAACUGUGGGUCAAAAUCUCGUGUUGUAUUAAAAUUGAAGGAACCUUAAAAAACAUAGAUAAACAUCCUGUCAUAAAUGGAGUUCGAAGAAAGCUGCUUGUCAGUAUCAGCUUGGAGUUUCAAUAGAUUUCUGACUGUGUGGCAAGGCGGGUGGCAAAGCAGAAAACUGCACAUCGUUGACAUGUUAAUCCUAAAAUUUACUUUGAAAAUAAUGAUCAUAAUGCUUACUCACAUGAAUACUGUUUGUUAUAAAAAUGCACAACAUUGUACUUCCAAUCUUCCCUCGUGUGGGUUUGUUCGGCAAGACACAAUUCUGCUCUCCACUUGUUAUUCAUUUUUGUUUGUAUGAUCUCAAUUCACUUGCAUAUAUGCACUGUAUGUUCUAUAAAUUUUUUUUGUAAAUUGAAAUUCUGGAUAACCACAAAAUCAAUGAUUUUAGACAGGGAAUAAGAUUAAUAGAAAGUUUUGAAGUGAUCAAAGAUGUUAUGUAUUCAAUGUGAUACCCAAGGAAAUAUCUUGCAUAUUUUAGAUGAUUAUAAAGUUCUCUAAUUGAUUUGAUUUGAAUUGAUUUUUUCCACUCUUGUUUUCAUUUACAAUUCAUAAUAAUACACACGAUAAACAAAGAAUAAUUAGAUUACAAUAUAAAGUUGAAAAUUUAAACACGUAUAGAAAAAUAAAGUAUUCAAUGACUAAGAGGUUUCUGCAGAAAGUUCUUAAGUUUUGGUUGGACCAGUCCAUAUUUUAGACCAAAGCCUUUGAGCGAUAUGCUCAUUAUUUACAGCACAAUUACAGGUUUUUCUCAAGCCAAAGGAUGUAGGGCAUAUGAACUUAUUGCCAUAUAGCCUAGGGCAAGAACAGAUGUUACAGUAAAGAAUAGUGUAAAAACAAAAAUAAUGAAACGAUACAUUGUGAUUAUAGUGAUGAUAUUCGAUAAUUUGCAGAUUUAUUUUGGGAAAUAAAGCUGUUACUGCUGAAUUUGAUAUGAUUCUGUGCAUGAUCAAUAAAUUUUAAUCUUUAAUCUUCAUUCUUACCAGAAAAUUAUUUAAGGGAAUAUACUGAAAACUUUUGGUCUACAUGAUACAGUACAUUCAUUCCUUCCUAUUAUCAUUACAUUUACAGUAUAUUGUACUUUUCAUACCAUUCAAAAUUGUAUUGGUGAAAGAAUGAUGUUUUUAGAAAGUGAUUAGGAAUUCACUAUAUAUUCGAGUACUAACAUUGAAAUGUAUUUAGUAAUGCUAUUGUCUGAUGAAUAAAUAUUAAUUGUUUCACCAUC